GGCACACCAGGAGUUGUGAGCUUGGACAGAUUUAAAGCAAGCAAAUCUGAGCCCUGGAAGGGAUUAUUUGCUAGAUCUUCUCCAAACGUUGGAGGCAAAAGACUUUGCAUUUCCCAGCGCUGUCGGAGGCUCAGCUUGGCAAUAUUUCUUGGAAGAACAUGGCAGGAAAUGAAUUGGAGGCCGGAGAGGAGCCAUUUCUUAGACAAAGGCAAGUCCUGUUUCUCUUUGUUUUUCUUGGUGGGUUUCUGGCUUGGUCUGAAUCGAGACGCUACUCUGUGGCUGAGGAGAAAGAGAGGGGCUUUUUAAUCACCAACCUAGCAAAGGAUUUGGGGCUCAGUGUAGGGGAACUGGCCGCGAGGGGGGCCCAAGUCGUGUCUAAAGGGAACAGACAGCGUCUUCAGCUCAGCCAUCAGACCGGUGAUUUGCUCCUGCAGGAGAAAUUGGACCGGGAGGAGCUAUGCGGCCCCACAGAGCCAUGUAUACUGCAUUUUCAGAUUUUACUGCAAAACCCUCUGCAGUUUAUUCCAAAUGAGCUCCAGAUCAUAGAUGUCAAUGACCAUUCUCCAGUAUUCUUUGAAAAUGAAAUGCAGCUGAAAAUCCUAGAAAGCACUCCACCGGGAACAAUAAUUCCACUGGGAAAUGCUGAGGAUUUGGAUGUGGGGAGAAACAGCCUCCAAAACUACACCAUCACUCCGAAUGCCCAUUUCCACGUCCUCACAAACAGGCGUAGGGAUGGAAGGAAGUACCCAGAAUUAGUGCUGGACAAAGCGCUGGACCGCGAGGAGCAGCCGCAGUUCAGUUUAACGCUCACAGCGCUGGAUGGCGGGUCGCCGCCCAGGUCUGGCAACGUUCAGCUCCACAUCCUGGUCUUAGACAUAAAUGACAACGCCCCAGAAUUUACACAGCCGCUCUAUGAGGUUGAAGUUCUAGAGAAUAGCCCCGUUAACUCUGUUAUUGUCACUGUCUCAGCUUCUGAUUUAGAUAUAGGGACUUUUGGGACACUAGCAUACUCAUUUGUUCAUGCUUCUGAAGAAAUUUCCAAAACUUUUCAAUUAAAUGCAAUUACUGGUGAUAUCCAACUAAUCAAAUAUUUGAAUUUCGAGGCAAUUAAUAGUUAUGAGGUUGACAUAGAAGCUACGGAUGGUGGAGGCCUUACCGGAAAAUCAACAGUAAUAGUUCAGGUGGUUGAUGUCAAUGACAACCCACCACAGCUGACCUUGUCGUCAGUUACUAGCCCGAUCCCGGAAAACUCGCCAGAGACGGUGGUGGCCAUUUUCAGUGUUUCCGAUCCAGACUCUGGAGACAAUGGGAGAAUGAUGUGUUCCAUCCAGAACAAUCUCCCCUUUGUCCUAAAACCAUCCGUAGACAACUUUUAUACCCUGGUGUCCGAAGGAGCCCUGGACAGAGAGAGCCAGGCCGAGUACAACAUCACCAUCACCGUCACCGACUUGGGGACCCCCAGGCUGAAAACCCAGCACAACAUCACCCUGCUGGUCUCCGACGUCAACGACAACGCCCCCGCCUUCACCCAGCCCUCCUACAGCCUGUUCCUCCGCGAGAACAACAGCCCCGCCCUGCACAUCGGCAGCGUCAGCGCCACAGACAGGGACGCGGGCGCCAACGCCCAGCUCACCUACUCGCUGCUGCCGCCCCGGGACCCGCGCCUGCCCCUGGCCUCGCUGGUGGCCAUCAACGCGGACACCGGCCAGCUGUUCGCGCUGCGGGCGCUGGACUUCGAGGCGCUGCGGGCGUUCGAGUUCGGCGUGGGCGCCACGGACCGCGGGGCGCCCGCGCUGAGCAGCCAGGCGCUGGUGCGCGUGCAGGUGCUGGACGCCAACGACAACGCGCCCUCCGUGCUGUACCCGCCGCACAACGGCUCCGCGCCCUGCACCGAGCUGGUGCCCAGGGCGGCCGAGCCGGGCUACCUGGUGAGCAAGGUGGUGGCGGUGGACGCCGACUCGGGCCAGAACGCCUGGCUGUCGUUCCAGCUGCUCAGGGCCACGGAGCCCGGGCUGUUCGGCGUGUGGGCGCACAAUGGCGAGGUGCGCACGGCGCGGCCGCUGGGCGAGCGCGACGCGGCCAGGCACAGGCUGGUGGUGCUGGUCAGGGACCAUGGCGAGCCCGCGCUGUCGGCCAGCGUCACGCUGCACGUGCUGCUGGUGGACGGCUUCUCGCAGCCCUACCUGCCGCUGCCCGAAGCGGCGGCCGAGCAGGCGCGGGCGGAUCCGCUGACCGUGUACCUGGUGGUGGCGCUGGCGGCCGUGUCGUCGCUGUUCCUGUUCUCGGUGCUGGCGUUGGUGGCGGUGCGGCUGUGCAGGCGGAGCAGGGCGGCCUGGGCGGGUGGCUGCUCGGUGCCUGAGAGCCACCUUGCUGGCCACCUGGUGGACGUGAGCGGUACUGGGACCCUGUCCCAGAGCUACCAGUAUGAGGUGUGUCUGAUGGGAGGCUCAGGGACCAGCGAGUUCAAGUUCCUCAAACCCAUUCUUCCCAAUAGUUUGGUUCAAGACAUUGAGCAAGAGUAGUGCAAAACUGUAAUUUUCAGGCAUACCGGUAGCUUAGGUUUCAUUAAUAGAAGAAUAAAAAGUUGUUUGACUAUGAAUACUUUCAAAAUCAAGAAUCUUUAGUUGAAAAAAAAAACACUUUAGUUUAUAAUCAUUUUGUUUAGUUAUUGAUUUCCGUUUAUAUCAAGUUAGUUAAUCCUUGCAUAUUUUUAUCUGUUUUCUUUCUUAACAAUGUUGUCUUAAUGCCUCCUUUUCUUUUUCUAAUAGGCAAGUUAAAAUAAAUUCAUUAUGUUUUAAUGUUGACUUUAAAUAGGUUUAUUUUAAGUAACUCAUUUCAAAUUUUAUAUACAUAGCAAGUGAUAAUGUUCCUUAUAAUAUUCCUAAAGCAGCUUUUCUAUGGUUCAUGAAGUUUGUGGAUAGAUAAGAAUGUGUUUUCUUUCAGAUGUUCCAUCUUUAAGGCACAGCAUGUUUUUCGGGCUAUAGUACCUAAAAGAAAGUGAUACAUUUAAUUCAUUUUGUUUUUACAUUUGCAAUUAAUAUUUCAAUGUUAUAUAUGCUUAUAUUGACUCAGUGGGCAUAAUAUAGGCUAACAGGCAGAUUACUCUUAGGUUUGCCUAAAGUGUAUUCACGAGCUUGGAAAAAUUAAACAAGGCAUUUUGAACAACUGAUUGUGCUUUUCCAUUUGAUAUGAAAACAUUGUUUAGGAAGGCAUCUUGUGGGGUGACAAUUUGGUAAGUAAAUUUUAAGAUAUAAAUGUUACUGACCUUGGGGUCCUUUUAAAAAUGUCCAGACAGUACUUGUAUACAUGAUCUACAAAUGAUUCAUAGUAAGAUUGGUGUCCCAUUCAACCCUACUUUU